AUCCGGUCCCCUCCCAGCCAGGGGCACCAGGGCGGGACCGGGACCCCCCCCGCAGCAUCCGCCCCCGCAGCAGGGGGCGCCCCAGCCCGGCGGAGGCUCCGUUGGUCCGCCCCUCCCCGGGGGAGCCCCCGGCCGGGGCCUGCGCCCUGGGGCGGGGAUGAGCCCGCAGGAGGCCGCCCGCUAGCCCGGCUCGCCCGCCGCAUGGACAGCGCCGUCCGCCCGGCCCCGCGCGCCUGCUCGCCGCCUGCCCAUGGCGCCGGGCGGUAGCGGCCGGGGCCUCGUCCCGCAGCUGGCCCGGGCCGGGAGAGGCGCGGAGGCCGCGCCAUGACCAUGAGAUCCACCGUCUUCAAGGCGGCCGCGGCCACGGCGCUGAACGCGGACAGGCUGGACUACGAGAGGCCGGGGCUGGCGCUGGAGCCGGGCCCGGAGGAGGAGCCGGACGGGGAGGCCGCCCCGCUCCCCCGCCAGCCGCCCCGCAAGCCCAAGGAGCCGCCCCCGCUGGGGGGACACAAGGGCCGCGGCGGGGGCAGCGGGCCGGCGGCGGCCGGGGCGCCCGGGCAGCAGGAGGAGAGCUGGGGCGGCCUGGUGCCCCUGCCCUGCCCCCCGGCCAGCACCAAGCAGGCCGGCGUGGGGGAUGCCAGCAGCAGGCCCAAGUACCAGGCGGUGCUGCCCGGACACACCGCCUCCCAGGUGGCGGCGAAGGACAAGGGCUGCCCGGCCGCGGCCAGCGCGCCGCCCCCGGCCCCGGCCACCGCGGAGCCGGGCCAGCCGCCUCCCGCCGCGGCCUCGGAGAGCAAGUGGAAGAGCGGCGUGCGGAAGAGCCCCAUGGGGGCCGGCGGGGGCUCCUCGAACCAGGCGGCCUGCCUCAAGCAGAUCCUCCUGCUCCAGCUGGACCUGAUCGAGCAGCAGCAGCAGCAGCUGCAGGCCAAGGAGAAGGAGAUCGAGGAGCUCAAGGCCGAGAGGGACACGCCAUCUUCCCAGCUUCUAGAGGUGAAGUUCAUACUGGUCAUUUUCCUUGAAACCUGCGUUGAGAGAACCAUGGGGGUACAGCCUGAGCCGAAUGACAAUACUGUAAUGAAGUCUCUUUGGAACUUCUUCCUCUCUGUGAUGUCUUGUUAUCUGUACAGUUUGGAGAAAGACUGUAAUUGUAGCUCAGAGGUGGUGGACAGCAAGGCACAAAUACCAGAACAGCUCCUAGCUCGGAUUGAGCGCAUGGAAAGGAGGAUGCAGCUGGUGAAGAAGGAUAAUGAGAGAGAGAAACACAGGAUUUUUCAAGGGUAUGAAACCGAAGAGAAGGCUGAAUCAGAAGCAUCCGAGAAAUUACAGAUUGAAUGUCAGCAGGAUCUCUUGGACACGUCCCAGUCCCUGCCUCCGAAACACGUUUCGUACGGAAGAAAUGGAAAAGGACAUAAAAGGAAGUCGGCAUUUGGAAGUGCAGAGAGGAAGACUCCAGUUAAAAAGCUGGUGGCUGAAUUUUCAAAAGUCAAGAGUAAAACUCUGAAACACUCUCCAGUGAAAGAGGAGUCGACUAGCUCUUUAUCCGAAACUGUUUGCAAACGUGAACUGAGGAGUCAAGAGACUCCAGAAAAAGCCAGAUCGCUAGUGGACACUCCCUUAAAACCAUCCACCCCAUUGAAAAGUCCCAGUGCCCACCCCAGGGAUAAAAGUUUCCCCAGCGAGACAGAAGAUCUGCCGUACCUUUCAACCACCGAAAUGUACUUGUGUCGUUGGCAUCAACCUCCCCCGUCACCAUUGCCGUUACGAGAGCCCUCGCCAAAGAAGGAGGAGACUGUAGCAAUUCCUUCGUGGAGGGACCAUGCUGUGGAGCCCCUGAGAGACUCAAAUCCUUCAGAUCUCUUGGAGAAUCUAGACGACAGUGUAUUUGCCAAAAGGCAUGCGAAGCUGGAGCUGGAUGAGAAGAGAAGGAAAAGGUGGGAUAUUCAGAGGAUCAGGGAACAAAGAAUUCUACAGCGACUGCAGCUCAGAAUGUAUAAAAAGAAAGGAAUCCAGGAAUCUGAGCCUGAAGUUACCUCAUUUUUCCCUGAGCCAGAUGAUGUUGAAAGCUUGCUGAUUACCCCCUACUUGCCUGUUGUAGCAUUUGGCCGACCAUUACCAAAACUAACCCCACAGAACUUUGAGCUGCCGUGGCUGGACGAACGAAGCCGCUGUCGGCUGGAGGUGCAGAAGAAGCAGACGCCUCACCGAACGUGCAGAAAGUAGCUGCACGGGUAGCGUUGCGAUGGGCGUAGCGUACCAUCGGCAAGGAACUGUUUGUUAUUCGGUCCCGUGAAUCUUUAUCCUCAUGGAUAUUCUUAUUCACUGAUGGUUUUCUCCAGGCCUCUGUAUUUUUCCUGUUUUUCACAAAAACUUUACCUGGCUGAUUAA